AUGAACUCCAAAACUGAUGUGGAGUUCGGAUCAGUGAAUUGGAUAGAAUCUGGAUUUACGAAAUCUUGUGGAAAUUUUAGGACAACAAACAUUGAUGUGGUUGAAGAAGUGGACAUCUUUUCUCAUGUAUUGUGCAGAGAAAAAAUAAAAUGGGGAGGAUGCCUUAGAAUAUAUCCUAGGGGCGGUGAUAUAUGGGCCAUAUAUAAGAACUGGUCAUCGGAAUGGAACAGGGAGACCCCCUCUGAAGUUAGGCAUCAAUAUGAGAUGGUGGAAGUUAUGAUGGAUUAUGAUGAAGAAGAUGGAGUGCAUGAGUCCACUGGUGAAAAGGUGGAGAAAGGACUGAUGAUCUUCCAGAAUGCUGUUGGGAUCUGGAUCCUUCAACAGCAGCAAGAACAAGAAGAAGCUGAAGCUGGGAAACAUAAAGUGAUAUCUUAA